UUUGAUUACGUUCUCGUGUGGGACGUGAUCCACGACCAGGCAGACCCGGAGAUGGCCCUGCGGGAAAUCUACCGCAUGGUCAAGCCGGGAGGCCGCUUCUCUAUGUGCGACAUCAAGGCGCGUUCUGGCCUGGCAGACAACAUGGGGAACCCCGUCGCUCCCCUGUUGUACGGCGUCAGCCUGCUCCACUGCAUGCCGGUGUCUCUGUAUUUCGACGGGAAGGGUCUCGGCACCGUGUGGGGGCAGGAGUCGCAGGAACAGAUGCUUCAGGAGGCGGGGUUUACUAACAUACAGGCCCUGGAUGUUCCCGAAAGUCCGGUCGAGAUUCACUUCUUGUGCAACAAGCCCUGAAAUUUUGGGUCGACGUUUUACCCC